CCCCCUGAUCCCCCGUUGCUGUGGCAGGAGCCGGAGCUGCAGCGGGCACUGGAGCGGGCACUGCGGGUGCGGGAGGGGGCCCGCAGGCUCCUCCCCGCCUGCAGCCGCCCCGAGCAGGCCCUGGAGACCACCAAGACCCUCGUGCUGUGCGACGCCAGGGUGGUGGCGGCGGGGGGGGAGCUGCAGCGACGCCAGGAGGCCCGGCUGAGGGGGGCCCGACGCCCCUUGGACGCUGGACCCGGGGCCGAGCGGGUGCCGUGCAGGGGCACUGUCUGCAUCUCAGACCUGCGUAUCCCGCUGAUGUGGAAGGACACCGAGUACUUCAGGAACAAGGGGGAGCUGCACCGCUGUGCCGUGUUCCUGCUGCUGCAGGUGGGGGCCGAGAUCCACGACACCCCCACGGUGCUGGUGGACAGGACCCUCACCGACAUCUGCUUCGAGGGAGCCGUGCUCUUGGACUGUGGGGUCCAAACGCUCUGCCCACCCCAGGACACGCGGGUGCGGGCGGAGCCGGGGGGGCGCGGGAAGCCCCCCGUGGUGUCCGUCACCAACCGGCUGGGUGGGGAGGAGGUGACCCACGCCCUGGUGGCCGAGAGCACGGCCGAAGCCCAGCGCUGGCUCGAGGCCUUCAAGCAGCACCUCUACGACUUGGGCCAGUGGAAGCAGUGCUGUGAGGAGCUGAUGCGGAUCGAGGAGCCCCCCCCGCGCCGUCCCCCGGCCCCGCUGCCCCCCCAGGGCUCCCUCUACCACCAAACGGCUAUUGACCCCUCGGAUGACAUUGCGGCGGUGACCGACAUCCUGACGCGGCACCGGGGGGGCCCCCGAUCUCCAGGGCCGCCCCCGUGGCUGUCGCUGUUCGAGGGGCCCCCCCUGCGCAGCCCCAGCCCCCCCCGGCGGGGCCGCCCCCGCACCCUGUCCCUGGACGCCCGGCUCAGCACCCUCAAGGGCCGGGGGGGCACCCCCAGGCCCCCCCACUCCAGCUCCUCCAGCAGCGGCAGCAGCAGCCCGGGACCCCCCCAGCGGGACCCCCCCAGGCCCCUCCAGUCCCGGGUCUGACCUCCAGCCCCUGGGGGGGGCAGGGGAUGGAUCCCCCCACCAUCCCCUGCAGGGGCUGGGAGAGGUUGAUGUCACAGGGGGUCGGGGCAGGGGUCUGGGGGCUCCCAGCUCCUUUUUUGGGGAGAAACUGGAAUUUCUGCCCCCUCUGUGCUGGGGGGGAUCAGAGCUAAACUCCAAAAAGGGGAGGGGCUUCCCCCACCCCAGGGUGGGUGCUGGGGAUCCCCCCACUGUGGAGUGGGUACAGGGGUCCCCCCAGGGUGGGUGCUCAGGGUCUAACCCGGGGGGGGGGGCACAGGGACCUCCCCCCCCAGCUCUGCUUUCCCUCACCUCUAACAUGGGGGGGGGGCAGCCCCCCCGGCAGGACACUCCCCCAUUAAUAAUGUGCAUUAAUAAUUUGCAUUAAAAUUUAUUUAACA